AGUGUUAUACCCCCAUUGCGCCGGAUGCCUCGUAGCAGUAAUCUUUCUCUCGAAACUUACUCUUCAUGGUUCCAAACUUCAGGCCGCUCCGAAGUUGAAAAUACUAGGCUGCGGGAGGGUCCUAGCGAAAUGACAUUUUGCCUUAGUAUCAUUAUUGCGGCCCAACUUGGAGCUGAACCAGCCUUCCCCCCCAGGUGCUCCGUCUUACCUCUCCCACUCGCCCUUUGCUGCUCUCCCACUGUGAAAGCAGUUCUUGGGAGCAGAGCACCAGCAUGAGCAGCAGUCUCGAGGCGAAGAUUGUGGUGCUGGGUUCGCAGGGUGUUGGUAAAACUUCGCUCGUACACCGCUAUGUGAAGAAUGCUUUCCAUCCUGCCAGCACGGCAUCGACCGUGGGCGCUUCUUUCCUUACGAAACGAGUUCUAGACAGCACGUCGGAUACGACAGUGCGAUUACAGAUCUGGGAUACUGCGGGACAAGAGCGUUUUCGUUCAAUUUCAAAACUCUACUACCGUGGUGCAAAUGCGGCGGUGCUCUGCUAUGAUGUGACCGAUGAGCGGAGCUUUGAAGAAAUGGGGAAAUGGCUUCUUGAGUUGAAACGAAACUUGGGCGAUGAGGUUGUGCUUCACAUUGUCGGCACCAAGAGCGAUGUCGUCUCUGAAGACCCAGGCUUGCGCAGAGUCCCAUUUGAAAAAUGCAUUGCAUAUGUUGCUGAGAAUCUCUACCCUUCGCUCAUGACAGCGCCUCCUGUGGCUGUGAGCACGCCCGGUGGGUUCCAAAACCCUGACAGCAAGCGAAGUUCGGGAAUUUGGGGCCAAGAGAUUGGCUGGGAUUGUUGUCACGAGAUCAGUGCUAAGGACGGUGAAGGAGUCGAGGAGGUCUUCCGCGUCAUCACGCGCAAGCUUGUCGAACAACGAAACAAGAGGAUCGAAAGAGAGCUGGCCCUGGAGGCAGGUAUGACUCCAGGCUCCGAUGGACACACGGGCUAUUUCGAUGCUGCCGGAAAUGAUGGUUCUGGCAGCUUCCGGGUCGGUCAUGGCGAUAAGAGGAGAUCCUGGCUUGGCUUUCCACAGAACAUUGGCAUCGGCGAGGACAGCAUUGACCCUGGCAUAGGAGAAGAAAUGCGUAAAAAGGGAAAGUGUUGCUAGGUCACCUGCGGCAUGUGUGUGGGAGGGCUCAUGACUUAUGAAAUUCUCAUAUCGUCUUCAUUCUGCAUUGCAUAUGUUUUAAAUCUGGGAGCAUCUCUGUGCGAUAAGGCUGCUGGAUACUUUCAUCGGAAUUUCUGGUUGAGGCGCUACGGAUAGUACUGCAGCAAAAAGCAUAAC